AUGCCUUCUAAGCCCUCGUCACCAGGGCCAAGCACAGCCCCAGCAACACCCGCAAAGCAGACCAGAUCCCGAAAGAAUACUAUUCCAAAUCAGACGGAGCAAGCAAGAGCAGGCUCGGCAGGCGGUGUCCUGCUUCCAAAGGAGACGGCAGCGAAAGCAUCUCCUCCAUCUACAAAGAAAGCCACAGCAACAACAAACCCAGGUGUAGAAGAUGCAUCUGCAACAGAAGUCAAGACACCAAAGAGAAAGCCCAGAAAGCUGAACAAGGAUCCUACGUCAAACUCGACAGACACGGCCAAGUCUUCUUCCACCUCGAACCAAGCCUCAAGCGAGAUUGCCUCGAACUCGGAGCUGGAAGCUCUCAAGUCCCGUGUUAAAGGGCUAGAGGCAAAGGUGGAGGAGUUGUAUAGGUCGGGUACCAUUCUCGAUUCCCGAGCUGGGCGCUCGCCCCGUCGACGAGGAAAAGGGCGAAAGACAUCAUCCACUACGCAAGUUCCUCAGAUCAAGACGACAAAUGGUGAAGGCACUACCGAGGCGAGAGUCCAAGAGCUCGACGACGACGACGACGACCUAGACGCCGAUGAAGAGCUCGUCCGUCUCGAAGGCGAACUCGAAGUCGCCCGCCAAGAUCUCGAGCACUACCGCCCGCGAGCCCGCCGCUCACGCUCCGACGGAACAGACUUUGUAGAAGAAAUACCCAGGGCCGGGUCUGCAGCCACGGACCGACAAGUCACACUGAGCGGCAGCUACCGCAUCCCGAUCCCCGCGUCCGUCAAUCUUCAAGACGUGCAGACGAUCAAAUCCGGUGUCUCAGCCGCCCAGAACGUCGCGCGUUCGUUCCUCGAACAGCGCCGUGCCUCUGCUGCUGCUGCUGCUGCUGCUCGCGCCCAAUCUAGUACCACUCCAGAAACAGCUUCGUCGUCGUCGUCGUCUCAUGCCACUCCCCGUGCGUCGACGACAAAAGUCCCUGUGUCCAAGACGCGGCCCAAACGCAGUAUGAGUUCUAAUAUCGAAGUAGCCGUGGAUAAUAGCACCGGCAAACAGAGCUGGAGCGACUGGAUUGGUGGGUACAGUAUGGCGAUCACAAGGGCAGUCAGCAAGAUUGAGCAUGAGGCGGCGAUUGAGGCGCAGAGAAGCGCU